AUGAUGCUGCCAAGCUCGAUUCUGCUCGCCCUGCUGGCUGCGCUGCCAGCCAACGCUGACGGCCUGUACUCCAAGAAGUCGCCGGUGCUCAACCUGAACCAAAAGAGCUACAACGCUCUCAUUGCCAACUCAAACUACACCUCCAUUGUCGAAUUCUAUGCCCCGUGGUGCGGCCACUGCCAGAACUUGAAACCCGCAUACGAAAAAGCCGCGAAGAAUCUGGACGGUCUGGCCAAGGUUGCGGCCGUCAACUGCGAUGAUGACGAGAACAAGUCCUUCUGUGGCCAGUUGGGCGUGCAGGGCUUCCCAACGCUUAAGAUCGUGACGCCUGGCAAGAAACCGGGCAAGCCACGUGUGGAGGACUACAAGGGGGCGCGCACUGCCAAGGGCAUUGUCGACGCGGUGGUGGACCAGAUCCCCAACCACGUCAAGCGCGCUACGGACAAGGACCUGGACAAGUGGCUGGCCCAGAACGAGGACCGACCCAAGGCGAUCCUGUUCACGGAGAAGGGCUCGACCAGCGCGCUGAUUCGCGCGUUGGCGAUCGACUUCCUGGGCUCGAUUGAUUUCGCCCAGGUGCGCGACAAGGAGAGCGAGUCGGUCGACAAGUAUGACAUCACCGAGUUCCCAACACUUGUCCUGGUUCCCGUCGACGGCGGCGAGAACAAGGUCUACAAUGGCGAGAUGAAGAAGCUUCCGAUUACUGCCUUCCUCAGCCUAACGGCCAAGCCGAAUCCGGACGCUUUGCCAGCGAUGGCAGCGGAAGCUGCGGCGUCUGCUGCUGAUUCCAAGGCCAAGGGCGCGAAACCGACACCAGCAGCUGACGACGACGGUUCCGAUGAGGAGGCAGCUGCAACAAAACCCGCCCAGGUUCCUAUCGCCGCGCCACCGAUCCCCACUCUCGCAACUGCCGAAUCCCUCGAGUCCAACUGCCUCGCACCCAAGUCCGGAACGUGUGUGCUUGCUCUUCUCCCGGAACCCAGCGAGGCAGAUGCCGUGCUCCCCGCUAUCGCAACAGAUGCACUGGCCAGUCUGGCCGAAAUCGUCCAUAAGCACGCCCAGCGCGGAACGAAACUGUUCCCGCUGUAUGCGGUGCCCGCCAUCAACACAGGCUCCAAGACUGUACGUGACGGACUGGGCUUGGCCGAUGACCAAACGAUCCAAAUCGUUGCUCUGAAUGCCCGCCGCGGAUGGUGGCGCCAGUAUGGUGAAAGUGAGGACUUUGGUCUCCACGCCCUCGAGGCUUGGGUGGAUGCGCUCCGGCUGGGUGAGGGUGCGAAGGAGAAGUUGCCUGAGGGGCUGGUGGUUGAAUCUCAGGCUGAGGCGGAACAUGAUGAGCUGUAA